CAGUGUCUGCACUAGUCUAGGUUACAUAACUUCAUUAUCAGCCCAUCGGGUCUGAAUGAGAGACUUCCCUUGAAAAUCGAAACUUAGAAACAAACGAGAAGAGUCAUGGAGAUGCAUGACAUCCCCGUCGAGGGAGAGAGAAAAGAAGAGCCUGAAGGAGCCAGUGAACCAGAGCUAAAGGAGGCUGAAGCUGAAGUUCUAGUGGAAGAACAAGAUCACGAUUAUGCUAAGCUGGCCAGUCCAUCUGAGAAUGUCUACUCUGAAGCAUAUUAUGGAUCCCCUCCUGUUAAAAUUGGAGAAGGGAAACAGACAGACGGAAAUGUACGCCUGUACCGCAUUGCGUGUGCUCUCCUCACCCUAAUCUGCCUGGUGCUACUGCUGAUCAUCAUCAUUCUCUGUAUGAAACCCAAAGCUGGAUCAACAGAUUGCCCCAAGAGAGUGGAAACCACAGCACCAAGCGGGAGCAGUGUUUCAACUUGCACCUACGAACACUGCCAGGCUCUGUUCCCAAACGUUCAGCUCCAAUAUCUAGGCUGCCGCCAGUGUGCUGACGGAUGGCUGACAUUUGGACGAUCGUGCUUUUUCGUGUCCACCUACAGGCUGAACUGGGAAGAUAGCCAAAGGAACUGCAGUUCUAGAGGAGGAAAUCUGGCUAUCAUCUCCAGCCCAGAGAUCCAGAACUAUCUGACCCAGACGGGGAACGGGCUGUACUGGAUGGGGCUGAGACAGAGAGGUCGCACAUGGUCCUGGGUCAACAACUCUGCCCUGAAAAAGAGUUACUGGGCAGAUGCUACAUCAUCAGGAGACUGUGGGAUACUCGACAGUGAAAAACCACUUGAGAAGAACUGGAUCAAGGCAUCCUGCCGAGCCACCACAUACUUCAUCUGUCAGCUGAUGUCCUGAAAGUGUCCUUCUUUAAAACAGAAUAAUAACAGAAAGCUUUGCAAAUAUCAGCUUCUCUAUAACAAUCAUCAAUUCCUUCUUCCAUUUCAUACUUGAACCAGCAGCAUAUAGCAAAGGGGGGUGAAAACGUUAUAUUCAAAUGCUUAAAUAGCUGUUAAGACAUCUUUUUUUUACUGUUUCCUUGUAGCAUUAUGUGGCCUUACUAAGAGAAUAUCUAAAAUUAUUAUUGGAGAGUAAAUGCACCGUUGACAGUACCUGUCUUUUACACUGUAUGAUUCCAUCAACUGCUGUCUGACUGUUAUUUAUCACAAGUAAGGGCAAGCUGAGUUUUUUCAACACAGUUUUAUUCUAAUACUAAAAUGCCUAUAGUAAGUUUUAUGUCUAAGUUUCACUUUACUUUAGCUUUGCACAUAUUACUGCUAAAUAUGUGGCUAUAAAAAUAACAUGUUUUGAGUCAUUCCCAUGGCAUAAUACUGCAGGAAUAAUUGCACCAUUGACAAUAAAAAAAGAAUAAAACAUCUGA